AAGGAACGUAGCCCCCAUCUCUCUUCCGCUCCGAUUCUAUUAUUGAAGAUGUGUAUCGCGAUAACCUUAACUCACAAGACUCAACCCCUCUUACAUGGGAUGAAAAUGACAGCCAAACGGAAUCAUGAGACAGGCACCCGCCAAUUAUGAGCUGGACUUCUCAACAGGCUUCUGGUGUCUUCUCUCUUCUCGUGCCUAAUUUUCUUCUACUGUUUCUUUCCUUUCUUCCCUUGCCUCAUUGUGGAAAUCAACCAAUGGAACAAGUGAAGCGUGGAAACCUGAGGAAUACAUUUUAAUAAGUACAUCAAUAUUCUUCGCAAUGGCCUUUGCUAUCACCAUUGAAAACCUUCUUCGAAACUUGGGAAAUAUCAACCAAUCCUUGGCCCUCUUUCGCUCACUGUUCAACAUGCUGCCAACUUUUAGCCCAACCAGGCCCACUGACUCGCAAGCGGUCGCCCUACUACCUGCAGUCAACUCUCUAGAGUCCAACAACGAGGGUGAGCCCAUCCAGACCCAGUCAGACACCAGCAUGGGCACAGGAAACACCAAGAACGAGCCUGGGCGCACCGCUCACAAGGAGCCGAAGAGAGUCGCCGUGCUCCAGAAAUCAAGGAACUCAAGGCACGUCACGGUGCAUUGCGAGGGCCUCCUCAUGGGGCACUCCAACAACCAGAUCACCGUGAUCCACGGCGGAGGGAUAGCGCUUCUAGAGGGAGCCCUUCUCUGCUUGGCUACUGCCAGCAUCACGGCCGCAGUGUUUUAUCUUAUAACUCGAACAUAAAAGAAAAACCGAAAAACACGGAAACGGAACGAAACGUGGGAAGUAAGAGGGAAUAGGGGAAUAGGAUCGGAAAGGUACGGCCAUGGUAGGAGAUUGAGGCUUACCUACAUACUGUGAGCUAUGUAGCCAAGUGAUGAGGGAGGCACAUCGGCAUUGC